CUCGCCCGUACAUCGACAUCACCUAUCCACCUGCAUCAUGUCGAGCCGGGUCGUCCUCCUCGCCGCAGCCGGGACCCUCGCCCUGUUCGCUCGCCCGCUCCGAGCCCACCUCGACACGUUCAUCAAGCACGAGGGCGCAUCGUCCUGGCUUGUCGGCACCGUCAUCGCCCUCGUUGGGCUGUCCGCCUUCGCCGCCGAGGCGCUCGUCGCGUGCCAGUUCGCGUGGAACUGCUUCGUCAAGCCGCUCGGCAAGAACUCGACGCAGGAGGGCAGGCUCAACCGGUUCUACGAGGGCCAAGCUGCUAUCUACGACAAGACCCGAUCGAGGCUCCUCCAGGGCCGCACGACCAUGCUCAAGCUCUCGGCGGCGCACCUCCACGAGCAGCGCCGUCGCGAGCCGAACAAGCGCCUUGUCUGGCUCGACAUCGGCGGCGGUACUGGCUGGAACGUCGAGGAAAUGGACAAGUACUUUCCGAUCAGCUCGUUCGACGCCGUCUACGUCCUCGACCUGUGCGGGCCCCUGCUCGAGGUGUCGCGCAAGCGCUUUGCGGCUCGCGGCUGGGACAACGUUCACUGCCUCCUGCAAGACGCGACGACCUUUGUCCUGCCGACCUGGAACGAGUCGGGCCUCGACGGCGAGGUCGGCGGUCUCGACUACGUCACCCUGUCGUACAGCCUCAGCAUGAUGCCCGACCACAUGACCCUCCUCGACAGGAUCGACCGCGUCCUCAGCCCGUCCGGCCUACUCGCCGUCGCCGACUUCUACGUCUCGGCCCGAGAGCCCACGACGGUCGCAGGCGUCAUCGGCGACGUCGGCUCGCGUCAAUGCUCGUACUGGACCCGGACCUUCUGGCUCAACUGGUUCUCGUUCGACCACGUCGACCUGCACCCGUCUCGUCGGCACUAUCUCGAGCACCGGUUCGCGACGAUCAAGAGCUUCAACGGGCGCAACGCCUUCAUCCCCUUCAUCACGAGCAUCCCGUACUACGUCUCGCUGCACACGUCGCGCCGCAUCGACACGUCAAAGGCCAACCAGGCGUACGAGGUCGACGCCGGCAAUACUAUCUCGGCCUCGCCGUCACCUCUCCUCAUGCCGAUCCUUCACCGCCAGCACAGCAACGACGUGCCCGACCUCGCUCUCGGCUUGAGCGCCGCCCUCGAGCAGAGCGACAGCUGUCGCAUCGACAUCUCGCCCGAGGUCCAACUGUCGUCGUUCCACUUUGGCUGGCGUCAUCAUCGAGUACCGUACGUCGCCGACGUCGUGCAUCGCGAGUUCCGGUCCUGGAUCUACUCGUUCGCGUGGGAGGACCCUCGGGUCGACGUCGAGCACAUCAAGCUCGGCAAGGAGGACGAGGUCCUGUGCAUCACGUCUGGCGGCGAGAAUGCCAUGCACUACGCCAUCGACGCUGCACCUCGCCGCGUCCACAGCUGCGACCUCAACCCGGCGCAGGGGCACCUCCUCGAGCUCAAGCUCGCCGGCAUCAUGGCGCUCGACUACGACGACUACUGGAUGAUGUGGGGCGAGGGCCGGCACCCGAGGUUUCGCGAGCUGCUCGACACCAAGUUGUCGCCCUUCCUCACGUCGCACGCCUACCAGUUCUGGCGCCAGAACGACACCGUCUUCGACAGGAACUUCUACUAUCGCGGCUACUCGGGUCACGCCCUGCGUCUCGCCAAGUGGGCCCUCUGGCUCGCCGGCGUACACGCAUCGACCGCCAAGAUGUGCGCCACGACCGACCUCGACGAGCAGCGCCGGCUGUGGAACACCAAGAUCCGCCCUGUCCUGCUCUCGUCGACGCUCACCAAGCUCUUCUUCUCGAACCCGUUGUUCCUCUGGAACGCCCUCGGCGUCCCGAUCAACCAGGCGAAGACCUUUCUCGCCGAGACGACCGUCGCCCAGUUCGCCGCCGACACGUUCGACCCGGUCGCGCUCAACACGUCGAUCGCGACCGAUAACUACUUCUACCAGCUCUGCCUGCAGGGCAGGUACACCAAGAGCUCCUGUCCCGAGUUCCUCACCCGCGGCGGCUUCGACAAGCUCAAGAAGGACAACGCGGCGGCGCUCGACUGCAUGAGGAUCCACACCGACUCGAUCGCCAACGUCAUGCGUCGCCUCGGCAGCAACUCGCUCACGGUCGCCAUCAUCAUGGACCUGCAGGACUGGUUCCCCAACACGGUCGACGCUCCUCCUUCCUCGCCCUCGGACAAGCCCUGCAACCUCACGGCGACGAUCCGCACCCUCCACAUGGCGCUCAAGCCUAACGGCCGCGUCUUCUUCCGCUCGGCCGCCCAGGUGCCGUGGUACCUCGAGCUGUACCGCCGCGAGGGCUUCGAGGUCGAGUGCAUCCACAAGCGCGAGAUUGGCGGCAUCUCCCCGAUCGACCGAGUCAAUAUGUAUGCGUCGUUCUACAAGUGCACGAAGCUUUAGGAAGAGCCGGCGCAUGAGCCGCAGGCCGUCUCUCUUUCUCUCCCUCCCUUUCCUCUCUCCUCGCGGUCGACCACCUUUUUCUCGCGACGUCGUCCUCUUUCUCUCGUCUUCUCCAUGGUGUAGUGCCUUUGUCAACAUCAAUGAGUGCAGUACGCGUUUGUCGCCC